AUGGCUAGUUUUGAUGUGGAUAAAUUUGCUGGUAAUCCUUCUGCUGAACUCUCCACAAUUCAAUAUGCAAAGAAGAAGGAUCUUUUAGAGUUAGGCUUACGUUUGCGACUACCAGUUAGAAGUAACUUGAAAAAGUCUGAAAUUCGAAAUUUAAUUCUUGAACAUUACUUAAAGGCUAAAGAGGCUGAAUUAGCUGUAAAAGUAGAAAGGGAGACUAUUGAAUUGCAACUGAAAGCAGAAAGGGAAAAAUCUGAACUUUCCCGGCUCGAUAAACGGCAAGAAAUUGAUUUGCUAGAAUCUCAAAAGAAGUUUGACUUAUCCAAGAAUAUGAAAUUAGUACCAGAUUUCACUGAUUAUGACCCUGAGGACUAUUUUAGGGCUUUUGAAGAAACUGCUUCUCAUUUGAAUUGGCCGAAAGAACAAUGGAUUUGGCUACUUAGGCCUAAACUUUCCGGUAAAGCGGCUCAAGUUUGUCGACAUAUCAAAGAGACAAAUGAUUAUGAAGUUAUAAAAAAGGCUGUCAUAGAUGCUUUUUCAAUUUCUGUGGAGGGUUAUCGGCAAGUUUUCCGCAAUAAAGUUAAAACUAGUACUCAGACAUACCUAGAGUUUGCUUCAGAAAAAUUAAGAGAUUUUAGGAAGUGGUUAAAAGCUUCAACUAUAACUACCUUUGAACAGUUAGAAAAUCUAAUAGUGUUUGAGGAAUUUGUUAGAAAGCUUCCUUCACAUAUAAUGUUGUACCUUUGUGACAGACAAGAAAAUGACUUGUUAAAGGCAGCUUCUUUAGCAGACACCUACUCCCUUGUACAUAAAACUAGCAAGAGAUUAGAUCAUAUUGUAAAACAAGUUCCAGGCAAUACUCUGGGUGUUAGUACUGAGGAAUCUAGAGAGUCACUGCUUUGCAAAUAUUGUAAGAAACCAGGUCAUUCUAUUAAAAACUGUAAAGCACCAAAUUGUAAGGUUUCGGAGUUAAAUAGGAAUUUUAAGGAUAGGAGUUUUAAAAGUAAUCCAUUGCAUAGGGAUAAACCGUCUUUGCAUGUGGUAAAACAUGAAGCUGUGGAUUUGUUUGAAGGUUUCAAAAUAGAUGGUAUUGGAUCUUUAACAUCCGAUGGUGGUGAGCAUAAGUUAAAGAUGUUACGUGACACAGGGGCAUCACAAAGUUUGAUUUUAAGGAAAGCAAUCCCAGAUAUCAAUAAGGCUUUAAAUGGUGACUUUGUACUCUUGAGGGAUUUAACUCGAACUUCUCGUGCCCCCCUUGCAGACAUUUAUAUUGAUUGUCCUUUGAAAAAAGGUAGUGUCGGUAGGUGUGGUAGAUAA